CACCGAAUGUGUCAACUAGACAGUUUCAAGUGGUUCCAAGAUUUCUCUGUUGUGAUUUGCUCGAUUUGGCGAAACUGUUCUUGAUUCAAUCCCAUUUUCGUGGUCCUGGGUCGAUAUGGAACCUCAAGAUAUUUAUUAUAGCAAAGCGGAAUACGUCGAAACGGCCUCUGGGAAUAAGGUUAGCAGACAAACCGUUCUCUGCGGCUCGCAGAAUAUUGUUUUGCACGGGAAAGUAAUCGUGCAGUCGGAUGCUAUCAUCAGAGGUGACUUAGCCAAUAUUAGGAUAGGUCGUUAUUGCAUCAUUAGUAAGAACGCCAUUAUAAGGCCGCCCUUCAAAAAGUUUAGCAAAGGUGUUGCCUUCUUUCCUCUGACGGUGGGAGACCAUGUGUUCGUAGGAGAACGGGCAGUUGUAAAUGCUGCCAUUGUUGGUUCUUGCAUAUACAUAGGAAAAAAUGCAGUAAUCGGAAGGAGGUGCAUCCUAAAGGAUUGCUGUUACAUCGAGGAUGGAGCCGUGGUUCCACCAGAGACCAUAGUUCCUUCCUUCGCUCGAAUCGCUGGGAGUCCUGCAAAACGGGUCGACGAUCUACCCGAUUGUACACUCGACCUUAUGCUAGAAUUCACAAAGAAUUAUUACCAGCAUUUUAUACCAUCUCGCGGUUAACGUUCUGUUCUGUGUAUAUCGUGUAUAUAGGAGAUUCUGUAUUUAUUACAUUUUGUACUCGUUUACUCUAUCUGGUCAAGCGUUAGAUCGAGUCCUUGGUCGAUGUCUGGAUCUUUGAUUGGUGUUUGUUUACACGGAGGUUCCCACCACUCUGGGUUAUUGCCUUCUUGCGUUUUCCGACUGCGAAACAACGUGUUUUGAAUGGUUUUACAAUUCAGAACAAAGUUUAUUGCGAAUUAAAGUAAAAAAAAACAGUCCAUUGGACCUCCAUCAUGUAGGAGCCGCUUCAAAAAGGUUUGAGAACGAUUAAACAAUAUAAAUGCAGUAAAAUAAAAUAAAACAAAGAA